CUUAUAUCCCCGUCUAAUGUCCACUGUCCACCGUUAGAUGUCGAACGCCGAAAGCAUUGAAAUGCUGACGGACUUCCGGAAACUGAGAGCGACGCAUGCGCAUUAAUACCACCACCCCCUGGCCAGGCGCAUCUGCGCAUUUUCCAACAGGAUUUCUCUCACAGGCGAGGUUCUGUCUGUCCCGGAUUGUCGCGUUCGUUCCGACGGAACAGGCUGCCGGAAAUAUAAACGGAAAAAACCAACCCCUUCGGUUGUUCACAUAUCGUUUAUUAAAUAUGUACAAAACGGUAAGGAAAGGCGAUACCUGCCUGGAGUACAAAAUUUUGCCGCAAACGGAUCAUUUCUCCUCGUCUGGGUCCCCUCGGACAUCGAAAAAAUCGGACUCUUCAAGAACAUGCUGUAUCAUUAGAAACGGCAUAAUCACGUUGAUGAUUCUUUUUCUCUUGGGCUGCUUGUCAUUGCCGUUUUUCAUGAAGCCAAGUGAUCGGCAAUUGUUGAUCAAGGCGUUAUUUAAAACCAAUGCGUUGACUAGAAACUUCUCAAGGAGUCAGGAGAAAGACAUCGGCGCGAACAAAAGCAAAAGUAAAGUUCUGGUGACGACAACGAUGAUCCCGUCGACGGAACUCUACAGAAAGCAGGAUGUCGAGAACCAGAUGACUACGGUAUCGGAAUUGUUGAAUGCAGAUGAACAAGAGUCAGAGGAAUUUACUAUCACGGAUGCCACAACGAGUACGCAACGUUCACAAACGUCCACGGAAUCGUCAAUGAAACAAACGUCCACGACAUCUCCAUUGGCAUCGACGUCAAUGUGGUCAACGAGUUUGAGAAUGUUGACCAGUAGCCCGAGUGAUGUGAUCAAGACAUCGUCGAGCACGCCAACGAAAAAGACGAAGAUGCCAAGAGUGACCUUGAAACUUAGAGAGAACGAAACGAUACCACAAAUGUACAUGAAGGCAGGAAUAGCGUCGUAUAAGAAAGGGAACAUCACUACGAGCGUGCUGGCACACGGCCUAAGCUUGGAAGGGUUGAUCUUCAAGACGCCAGAAGGAACGAUAAAUCCAUGGCCGCAGAAGUGGUUCUUCACCGACGCUUCCUCUUCUGAUUUCCAAUGGAAGGUACAGUCGUCUCGGCAAGGGUUAAACCAGAUGCCAAUAAGAAUUUACAUAGUUCUAGCAGUAUUCGCAGCUUUGGCAAGCAUCAGUAUUUCUUUGCUACUGUACGUGCAGCGAAAGGCCAUAAGACGCCAACGUCAGUGCAUUGAGGAAGCGGGAGUGGAGGGUCAUGAGGAAGACAAAUCAAUCUUGCUGGGUGUCCAGGAAACUGAGGAAAAAGAGUAAUUGUGAAUCCUAUCACUGGAGAGCUACGUAGCUCGUAAGACCCGCAUAUUUUUACAACACGUACUUAUAUCAGUUUAAAUUUAGGUAACUCGCGUGAAACACUGAACAAAUCAUCGUUAAGAUAUUGGCAAUAUUUUCUCAAUUCGUUUAAUCAAACGCUGACUACUGCGUUUUAAGGAAUUGACCGAUUGAAUAAUUAUCGUUCUCUUGUCUUGUUCCCUUCGUUUGAAUUUUGUUUACUUUGCGUGCUUAAUUCAUCAGAGGAGAAUCAACUCUGACAAUAGCUUGAUAUGACGUGAAAUUUUCUCAAUGCAUAAU